AUGGUCAUCGAUGGCUUACCUUUACUGUGUAAGUUGUCUUUCUAUGUCAUGAAGCGAGGCAUUGACACCAUCUUGGCCGUGGCAGCCUCCGCAACCAACGGUCACUCACCGGCCCGUUCAUCCGCCAAGUGGGCCACUAUGACAGCCCAGAAUCGAAUGACGGCUCAUGUUCGUCUCAAAGGCAACAGAGUGGCACAUCACUGGCCCACUUGGGCACUAUCAGGAUCAACUUCCCUGACAUCUACCCUGCAGUGGGCCGCAUUGGAAGCGGAUCCCUGCAACUACAUGCCAUACUUAUUUCAGAAGUUGAAAUGUCGCGAUGUGUGGAAUUCACUUGACAGGGACACCGGUCAGGGGUCUGCUGUCGCGCUGUUUGCUUGCGGGCAUCGCCUUACUGCUGCUAUGUUCAUUUGA